GAUAAAGUUUGUUUACCAGCUGUAGUUUUAGAAUCAGAAGUUUCUGCAGCUGGUUGAUGUCUCAACAUAGCCUGUAGCUUCUGAUAUCUGCUUCUAAAAGGUAGUACUAGCAUCAGUACUUAUUUUAGUUGCGCUUUCUAGGGGAAAUUUCCAUAGUACUUUGAUUAUCUUCAUCUGCGGAGUAGCCAUUUCAGCUUGUGUAACCAAAGUAUUCUAGGGAGUAGUGACCUCAAUCUGGCUGAACUGUUUAUGGAGGAUGAUGGUUGCAUCACAACAAAUUUGUUGGAUAGCUCUUGUUACAUAAAUUCUUUCACAUUCAUAUUUUCUUUUUGCAUCUUACUUUCCGUAUAUGCCAAUGAAUAAGAAGGGGGAUAGCCCAUCUUCUGGAUAUUAUCAUCAGUGGACGAUAUCAUCAGUGCUAUUAUCAGUUGCACCCUCCAACACUUCAGUACCAUAUGUUCUUGCAAUUCAUGAUUCACAACUUUAACAUUAAGAUCAGCUGGUUUUAUUAGUUAAAUUACCAGCUGUAGCAGUAGGAUGAUCCAGCUUAUUUUAAGCUUGCACGACUGGCUUCUCAGCUGGGUUUUGCCGUAUUUUUGGGUUGGUUUCGGAAGGAGAAUUGCUGAAUUUUGCAGAAGCUUUGGGAAGGAAUUACGUAGCUGCGGAAUCCAGUACAGGGCUGCUCAGUUACCAAUCUUGCCAUCCUCUGGAGUUGAUACAUUGCCUGUAGGAAUUACGAAACUGCUAGAUAGAUCUAAAGGAGUUCCACCAUCAGUUACUAAAAACCUGCACACAUCUCUGUGGUACAUUCUUAUGAAUGCUGAAGAUCUAUGGACAAUGGAUGUCUGGAGGAUAGAGAAGGCUCUCAAAGGUUGCCAGUCCCGUAAAUCAUCUCUCUGUUGUUGGAAAUUUCGUCGGUGCUUUGCUUGGUGCAUCCAUGGGACUAAAAGAAGGCCCAAUAUUCUUCUAUGCUGUUGGAUUGGCUCAUUAUUUGGUCCUAUUUGUAACUCUUUACAAAAGACUUCUUAUUUCAUUGCUCUCUUCCUUUAUUUCUCACUGGUUCUUAUGUGUAGCUACAAGCUAUAUUAUUCGUGAGAAUGCUGUUCAAGUGUUAGGCUAAUCCUUUAUUCUUGUCCCUUUACAAGUUGUUCGUAUUAAUUUCUUUCGAGGCUUCAGGUAUGAGAAAUUUGCCUUUGUCCUGAAAAGCUCUCUUAUUCCUCUUCACCUUUGGCUUAAUGUGAAAUGCUUGUCUCAUUUGUUAACUUCAGGUU